UUCGGCUUCGGCUUCGGGAUUAUGACUUCUUAGUUGAUACUUUGAUAGUUUUUUUAAUACUUUUCGUUCGGUUUAAUAUGUAAUAACAAUACAAUAUUAUUAUAUCAUAAUCAUAUUUUACAGCAUUUUUAUUUUUAAAAUUUUAAUUUCUCAUUAAAUAAUUACACACAUAGCAUGUAUUUGGAUUUUAUCUGUUUAUUAUCCCAAUAAUCUGUACCUAAUAGUCAUGUUUGUUUUAACUAAAGUAUAAAAUUAUUUGUUUAUUAUAAUUUAUAAUGGCUAAUCAUUACGAUGUUCCCAACUGGGCCGGUAAACCUCCUGUAGGGUUACACUUGGACGUAUUAAAAGGAGACAAAUUAAUUCAAAAAUUAAUGUUGGAUCAGAAAAAGUGCUACUUGUUUGGACGUAAUGCACAAAUGAGUGACUUUUGUAUUGAUCAUCAAUCAUGUUCAAGAGUUCAUGCUGCAUUUGUUUACCACAAACAUUUAAAUAGAGCAUUUUUAGUUGAUCUUGGAUCUACUCAUGGUACAUAUAUUGGUAGCAUUAGAAUUGAAGCCGAUAAACCCACUCAAUUACCAAUAAAUAGUCAGUUUCAUUUUGGUGCAUCUACUCGAACAUACAUUAUUCGGGAACGUCCCCAAUCUACAUCAGCUUUUGGACCUCGUCCAAUAAUGGACCAGUUAGAGAGAGAAUCUGAUCAUGCAUCUAGUUUAUUAGGACUUCCAGAAACUGAUCUUGAACUUGAUAAUUUGACUGAAUUUAAUACGGCACAAAAUCGACGAAUAUCAAUGCUUGGUAUAUCAGAUGAUGCAUUAAAAACAAAACGAAAACGUACAAGAGGUGUCCAUUUCAAUGAAGAUGAGCAGAUAAUCAAUCCAGAGGAUAUUGAUCCAUCAGUUGGUCGUUUCAGAAACCUAAUAAGAACUACUGUUAUACCUAAUAAAAAAUUCAAAGAUGGUAUGGGUUUUGCUAUUGACCAAAAUACUGCUAAUGGUCAAAAUAAAAACUACUUGAAAAAUAUGAUUCCUGGUGCACAUUUACACAAUUCACUUUACAGUGAUAUCCCUGGUCCAGAUGGUGACAAUAAGCAGCAUGGUUUCUUAUCAUCAAUUGGUAAUCGUCUUGGUAUGAAUUUACCAAAUCCUGCACCAGAUGUUGAUAUUAACCCUAGUAUAGAAGAAAUAGCCGUUCCCAAUCCAGUAGUGUCUGAAAAAGUUGAACCCGCUUCAACAGAGCCUAAAAAGAAAAAAUAUGCAAAAGAGGCAUGGCCUGGGAAAAAAAAUGCACCAGCAUUGCUUGUUUAAAGUAUUUAUACGUUUUUUUAUACCUGUCCAUUUUUUCCAUGUUCGAUUUGGUAAUUAAUUAUUAUGUAAUCAUUUAUUAAUGAGUAAUGACUUCUUGAGAUUUUUUUAUUUUUACCUCUGUGAAAAUAAUUUGGAAAACUAUCUUACUGGAUAUUAGCUGUUUGUUACUGUAUAAGUAUGUGUUUGGAAUUAAUAAAAUGUGUAAUGUUGUAUAACUAUAAUGUGCAUUUUAUUGUGUUACUUAUAAUGUCUAAUAACUACAAAAUUGUAUAAUUUAUGGUCCAUUGUUAGUUUUUUUUUUUGUAUUCAUAUUCUGUAUACAAAAAAUUAGGUGUCAAAUAAGAUUUUAGUAUAUAAUAAAACAACAUAAAAUAACUUCAUAAAUAGGUCAAAACUAUAAAAUUAAUAAUUAUUUUUAUGAAUUUUUAUCCAUUAAAUAUUUAAUGGCAUAGUCCAAAUAAUUAUGAAGCUUAUUAGCUAAAUACAAAACAAAAAAUCUUAUAGCAAAUAACUUGAUCAAAUAGAACAACUGUUAUUUUUAAGUUUCAUAAAAGUUAUUACCAUAAGUACCACAGAAAAGAAAAACCGGAAAGUUAUUAAAAUUGAAAUUACCUCAUUAUUCUAGUCGUAUGUUUUAUAAUAUGUAAAUCUCAAUAUUUCUAUUAUUAUUUAGGUACCUGGGUAUCAAAUAUUGUUACAGCUGAAAUAUUAAACAAAACUAUUACCCAAAUAAAAUUGCCCUUAAAUAUUAUUGCAAUUAAAACAAUUGUGUCCCACUAAAUGACAUAGUAACAAUUUAUGUGUGUACUCUAACUGCCAACAAGGUACAUAUACCUAUUUUUCUAGUUUAUAAAUUAUAAACUAUCUGUACUAUUGGGAUUCAGCCCAUUUUAUUCAAUUGAAUAAACUAUUUAUUAUUAUUAUAUUAAUGUUUGAUUAAAAAAAUAAAAACAUCACUUUUUAAGA